GCGAGCGGCAGCCCAGAGCUGGAGCGCCGCGCAGCGUCGCCCUCCCGCGCGGCCCCCUCCCUCGGCGCGCACGGCAGCAGCCGCGCUGGACCACCGCCGCCUCCGAGCCGCCUCUCCCGCAGUUAUGGAGAAAACUUCUACAGAUGCACUUCCUCUCACUAUGAAUUCUUCAGAAAAGCAAGAGACUGUGUGUAUUUUUGGAACUGGAGAUUUUGGAAGAUCGCUGGGACUUAGAAUGCUUCAGUGUGGUUAUUCUAUUGUUUUUGGAAGUCGAAAUCCCCGGAGGUCCAGUCUGCUGCCCAGUGGUGCAGAGGUCCUGAGCUAUUCAGAAGCAGCCCAGAAAUCUGACAUUAUCAUCGCAACAAUCCACAGGGAGCAUUAUGAUUUCCUCACAGAACUAACUGAGGUUCUCAAAGGGAAAAUAUUGGUGGACGUCAGCAACAACCUCAAAAUCAAUCAGUAUCCGGAAUCGAAUGCAGAGCACCUUGCUCAGUUGGUGCCCGGAGCCCACGUAGUAAAGGCAUUUAACACCAUCUCAGCCUGGGCUCUCCAGUCAGGGGCACUGGAUGCCAGUCGGCAGGUGUUUGUCUGCGGAAAUGACAGUAAAGCCAAGCAAAGAGUGAUGGACAUUGCUCGUGCUCUUGGACUUACUCCACUGGAUAAAGGAUCUCUCAUGGCAGCCAAUGAAAUUGAAAACUACCCACUGCAAUUAUUUCCAAUGUGGAAGGCCCCCUUCUAUUUGUCUGCUGUUCUGUGUGUCUUCUUCUUUUUCUACUGUGUAAUAAGAGAAGUAAUCUACCCGUAUGUUAACGGAAAACAAGAUAGCACAUUUCGCAUGGCUAUUUCCAUUCCGAAUCGUGUCUUUCCCAUAACAGCACUGACACUGCUUGCCCUGGUUUACCUCCCUGGUGUUAUUGCUGCCAUUCUGCAGCUCUACCGAGGUACUAAAUACCGCCGAUUCCCAGACUGGCUUGACCACUGGAUGCUCUGCAGAAAGCAGCUUGGCUUGAUUGCUCUGGGAUUUGCCUUCCUCCAUGUCCUCUACACACUUGUGAUUCCUAUUCGUUAUUAUGUACGGUGGACGUCGACAAACAGAACCAUUAACCAGAUAACAGCCAAGAAAGAAAAUCCAUUUAGUACCACUACUGCCUGGCUUAAUGAUUCAUUUAUAGCUUUGGGAAUCCUUGGAUUUUUCCUGUUUGUGCUCUUGGGAAUCACUUCCUUGCCAUCAGUUAGCAACAUGGUCAACUGGAGAGAAUUCCGAUUUGUCCAGUCCAAGCUGGGUUAUUUGACCCUGAUCUUGUGCACAGCACACACCCUCGUGUACGGCGGGAAGCGAUUCCUCAGCGCUUCUGUCCUCAGGUGGUAUCUUCCUUCGGCCUAUGUGAUAGCGCUGAUCAUCCCCUGCACACUGCUGGUGAUCAAGUUCAUCCUCAUCCUGCCAUGUAUAGACAAGACCCUCACACGGAUCCGCCAGGGCUGGGAAAGGAACCCGAAAUUCUCGGACUCAGCAUUGAAUGGAAAGACAGAUAUUUAAAGCAAAGUUCACUUCACCUGGACUUCUGGACUACGGCGCUGUAUGUUUAGAGAAUAAUGAUGGGUGCAGUGAAGAAAGCAUUUUUUUCCCACCAUGAAGUUUGUGAACAAAGAAAGAACUCAUGCCUGAUUUUGAGAAAUGGACACCAUUUUAUCCUGUAACAAAUCAGUGCUGGUCCCUGCCUCUCCGUUUCCCAGAGGCAGCAGGGCUGAGGUCAUGAUUAGCUUUGUGCUUUCACACGCUAAGAAGCUUCUUUGUUGUAGGCAACAUGCAUGACCUAAUGUCUUGCAAAAUCUAGCGGAAGUAUAUGCAACUUCCUUGUGGAGUGAAAGAGAAAACAGUAAGAUGGUGGCCACUGAUACCAACUUCAUCAGGCAUGUGUGAAGAAGAGGACCAAUGAAGGAAGUAACAGGAAUAAGAUUUUUUUGUUUGUUUUUUGGAUGUGCAGGUGACCAUAAAUAUUGCCAUGGUGAUUCUGUAAUUAAGUUAAACCUCUGGUUUUGCUUUUACUGAUAUGGAUGUGUACUAUAGGGAACUAUUUCAUAACACUGCAAAAAUACCACAAUUGAUUGGAAGUAACCAUGAGUUGUAUAUUUGCCAAUUGACACAGUUGUCAUAAGACAAUUCCUCUACAAAGAAACAGGUAUAGGAAAGAUUGAGUUAAAAACGAGGCAUAUCCACUUGGAUUUUCUCAAUGUAAAGUAAGCAAAGGAUAGAUAAAAGCCCUUGUGUGAAAAGUUCAAAUAACCCAUACUUUUAGACAGCAAGCUAAAUACAUUUUGUAAAGUUGCACUAUAUUGGGUUUGGUAUUACUGCGGUAUUGUGGUAUGCUCUGUAAAUAAUGCAUUCCAAGUUUUGUUCCAUAUUAAUCAUCUGUGAAAUGAACUUCUAGCAUAAAAAAGUAGUUUCUGUAAUUUGUUAUAGUUUGCUAUGAAUUUAAGCAGUGAAAUUAAAUGAAUAAUGAAAGUAUAAGUUGGAUCAAUGCAUAGAUGACAGAGAAUUAGGGAAUCUUGGAGCAGAAAGGUGUGAGCAGUACUUAUAAUAUGAGACUUGGUUCUUUCUCAAAUCCUUGCUGGAAUGCAGGAUGGUUCUCUGUUUUUUCUGUACCGAUGGUGCCUUUUCCAAGAUGACCUUCAGUACCUGUAGCCUUCCUGGCUCAUCCACAGACCUGAAAGGAGCCUUACGCAGAAUCUUCCCAGGCACCAGAAUAACCUAAAGGCUUUGGGUUUGACAUUUUUCUGCCUGCUCCACAAGGGCCAUUUCUUUUUUUUUUUUUUUCCACUUUCAUUAUCAUAUAUUCUAUAUGACAUUACACAAAAUGAUUAAAAUAUAUUAAAAAAUCACCCACAAUCCAGGAUAUUUUUCUAUAAAACUUUUUGAAAAUAGUUCUUUGUAUACUGUAUACUGAAUAUUAUAUCUUUCCUUUUUCACUUAUAUUUAUGGCUUUGUUCUCUUAGUUACAUGGUAUAUGUAUUUGAUCAGUGGCUGCACAAUAUUACAUCAAAUAGGCAUUUAUUUAACCACUUCCCUAAUUAAAUAUGUAGGUUAUAUCCAUUUUUUUUACUAAAACAAAUGACAUUUCAGAGGAUAUCUUAGCACUUGUAACUUUUUCCUAUAUUUUAACUAACUUCCUCAGGAUACUUACCAAGAAUUGGGAUUAAAAAUGAAAGAACUUUUAAUAGCAUUUGAUAUAUAUUGCCAAAUUAUUUCUAAAGUCAAUAUCAUUGGCAUUGAAUGAGGGUGUUGGUUUCAUUAUACCCUUACAGAUUUGUCUUUUAUUUCAAUUUUUGGUCAUGAGAAGAUGCACAGAAUACAUACUCCAUUAAUUUAUCCUUGAUCUUUCCAAGCAAAGACACAAAAAGCUUGGAAGACUUGGGCAGAGCUGUCGUGUGUGGUGCCAACCCUAGAGAAUCAGUGGGAAAGAGAGGGAAAUGUCACUAAUCAUCCUAUUUUAUGCCAAACAGUCAAGUGUUCUAGGGUUAGAGACUGCCGUUUGGCUAAAGAAUUGGUUGAUGGAAGAUUAAGUACCAUCCAGGCCUUUGGGGCUAACGAUCCUCCUUUUUUUGGGGAAAAGGAUAAUAUGUUUUUACUGGGUCACAUUUCAUCACUAAAAAUAGAAAAUGCCACAUCCAGGUAAAAAAGCUUACUUGUAGUAACAAGGACUCUACUUUUAUAACUUAGUAGAAGAGCUCUAUUUGGGUGCUUCAUAAAGACCAUCCAUGAAGCAGACAUUCAAGAACCCCUCCAGUGGUUCUGGCAGAACAGUGCACUGCUGGGCAGGACUCUCAGCCUCAUCCCCAAGGGCUCCAAGCUCUACCAGCUGAGCAGAGAAGCCAAUUUCCCCCUACACCCCUCUUAGUAUUCCUCUCUCCCCAAACCAUCAAGCCAGUUUGACCUUCCUAACACGGCUGACUCCUCUAGUUUACGCAAGAUGGGAAGAAUGAGUUUGGAACAGAUGGAAAUAGGCACGUUGAGUGAACCAUGUUCUUCUCAACAGGUCCAAACUGUUCUUCUAACAUUAAAAAGGCAGACUAAACCUUCUCAUUGCUGGUGUGUUCCCUGUAUUCUAGGAAAACUUUUAUGAAGCUUGUAGACCUUUUCUUUUUGUACAUUUUCCCAUGUUAAGAGAUGACUGCUUUUGUAAAUGGGUACUCAUUAAAUGUUGUUAUAAAAAUA